GCUGCAGGCAGGAAGAUGUCCAAGCCCCGCGCGGUGGAGGCGGCGGUGGCGGCGGCCCCGGGCCCGGAGAUGGUGGAGCGGAGGGGCCCGGGGAGGCCCCGCACCGACGGGGAGAACGUAUUUACCGGGAAGUCAAAGAUCUAUUCCUACAUGAGCCCGAACAAAUGCUCUGGAAUGCGUUUCCCCCUUCAGGAAGAGAACUCAGUUACACAUCACCAAGUCAAAUGCCAGGGGAAACCAUUAGCCGGAAUCUACAGGAAACGAGAAGAGAAAAGAAAUGCUGGGAACGCAGUACGGAGCGCCAUGAAGUCCGAGGAACAGAAGAUCAAAGACGCCAGGAGAGGUCCCCUGGUACCUUUUCCAAACCAAAAAUCUGAAGCAGCAGAACCUCCAAAAACUCCACCCUCAUCUUAUGAUUCCACCAAUGCAGCCAUCGCCAAGCAAGCCCUGAAAAAGCCCAUCAAGGGCAAACAGGCCCCCCGAAAAAAAGCUCAAGGAAAAACGCAACAGAAUCGCAAACUUACGGAUUUCUACCCUGUCCGAAGGAGCUCCAGGAAGAGCAAAGCCGAGCUGCAGUCUGAAGAAAGGAAAAGAACAGAUGAAUUGAUUGAAAGUGGGAAGGAAGAAGGAAUGAAGAUUGACCUCAUCGAUGGCAAAGGCAGGGGUGUGAUUGCCACCAAGCAGUUCUCCCGGGGUGACUUUGUGGUGGAAUACCACGGGGACCUCAUCGAGAUCACCGACGCCAAGAAACGGGAGGCUCUGUAUGCACAGGACCCUUCCACGGGCUGCUACAUGUACUAUUUUCAGUAUCUGAGCAAAACCUACUGCGUGGUUGCAACUAGAGAGACAAAUUGCCUAGGAAGACCGAUCAAUCACAGCAAAUGUGGGAACUGCCAAACCAAACUGCACGACAUCGACGGCGUACCUCACCUCAUCCUCAUCGCCUCCCAAGACAUGGCGGCUGGGGAGGAGCUCCUGUAUGACUAUGGGGACCGCAGCAAGGCUUCCAUUGAAGCCCUCCCGUGGCUGAAGCAUUAACCGGUGGGCCCCGCGCCCUCCCCGCCCCACUUUCCCUUCUUCAAAGGACAAAGUGCCCUCAAAGGGAAUUGAAUUUUUUUUUACACACUUAAUCUUAGCGGAUUACUUCAGAUGUUUUUAAAAAGUAUAUUAAGAUGCCUUUUCACUGUAGUAUUUAAAUAUCUGUUACAGGUUUCCAAGGUGGACUUGAACAGAUGGCCUUAUAUUACCAAAACUUUUAUAUUCUAGUUGUUU